CGCACCCGAUACAGAUAGAUAGCCUUUUCAUUUCGUGCCCAUUUCUGGGAUUCACACAUAAAUGGAACAUAACCUCUCUCUCCCUCUCCCUCCCUCCCUAAGCUCUUUGAUUUCAGUGCUUUAAAGUGAGGCUUUGAUUUGGCUUCAGAGCACUGAAAAUCAUCAUUGAAUUUGUUCUGACCGAUCAAAUCGCAGUGUUGGAGAACUCUGCGUUUCGUGCUGGAUUCGCUUAUUCCAGUGCUGCUUAGCUGAAGAUUUGCUUUGAUUGAAGCUGAUUUUCGAGUUUCUAAGUUCGAGUACGAGUUGAUUUUCGAAUUUUGAGCUAUGUAUGGGGUCGGGGGCUCACAGACGAUACCGAGAGAGACGAAUCUCUUGUUCUCGUCUGCUUUCAAGCAUCCAGAUGGGCAGUUUGUGAAGAGCAAAGAGUUUGCGAGCUCAGAUCUGUACUCGAAUCAGCAGAAUCAGCCGAGCUCUGUCCUAAUGCGGUACCGCUCGGCGCCGAGCUCCUUCUUCACCAGCCUCGUCGACGGCGGCGCUGUUGGAUGCGAGGAAUUUCUGAAUCCUCAUCAGUCUUCGAGUCCUGAAUCGGAAGCUAUUUUCGCGAGGUUCGUGUCUUCUAACGGCGAUUCGGAGCCGCAAGAUCUGCAGUUUGCCACAAAGAAUGAGACCCCGGAAGCGAAUCAAUAUAACAUGUACCAGAAUUCGCUGAAUCAUAACGAUUUGUCAAAUCCUUCAAAUUUAGGGGGCAGUCAUGCUAAUAUUGACGGCUUGUAUAAGGUUACAAAUGGUGCGGCUAUGCGGAGUCCGGUGCAGGGGAAUGCGAACGGUGGCAAUUGCUCGAAUCUUGUCAGGCAAAGCAGCUCCCCGCCGGGGCUUUUCUCUAAUUUGGCCACCGAAAAUGGAUUUUCUGUUAUGAGAGACGGGGGGAAUUUUAAAGUUGGUAAUGGAGCCAAUGGAAGAGCCAAUCAGACUAGUAGAUUGAAUGAUCAUAUAAAUUUCUCAUCUGGGCCAUCUUCUUCCUCAAGAUUCAUGCCUCAGAUCAUUGAGAACAGAAAUGAAAGCAGUAGUCCGGAAAACGGGCGCUUUGGUAAUGAUAAUAGCAGCAAUGGUUUUUAUGGACCCAGCUUUCAAAAUGAUUCUUGGAAUAAUUCUGGGUUCACUGGCAUAAAGAGAAACAGAGACGAUGAAGAGAAGUUCUCUGGUUUCACUUUAACGCAAAGUCAGAAUGAGGACUCCAGAAAUUACACUACUGGUUUGACUCACCAUUUGAGCUUGCCAAAAACUUCUGCUGAGUUGGCUGCCAUAGAAAAGUACUUGCAGUUUCAACAAGACGCUGUCCCUUGCAAAACCAGGGCCAAAAGGGGGUGCGCAACGCACCCUCGGAGCAUAGCAGAGAGGAUGAGAAGAACACGAAUCAGUCAAAGAAUGAAAAAAUUGCAAGAGUUGUUCCCAAACAUGGACAAGCAAACCAACACGGCUGAUAUGUUAGAUUUGGCGGUCGAGUACAUUAAAGACCUUCAGAAACAAGUUACAACUCUCGCGGAUACUCGGGCGAAGUGCAAGUGUUCGAGUACGCAGAAACAAAUUUCAAGUCCCACUGUAUGACUUGCUUGUGUACAGAAGAUGCUAGGAAAGAGAAGAUGGAAAGGGGAAAAGAUAGCGAGCUAACUUACCUUUUUCGAUUCACCCUUAAAUAGUAUGUGGGCCUGAAGCUGAAAGCAUUUGUAAUAGUCAUCACACAACCCAGAUCAAGUAGAAGAUUAACCAUCCUUUGGAUAUUCCUUCUUGUAUAGCAAUAAUGACUAUCACAUGCUCCAAUUGUACCUUA